AUGACAAGCUCAACAAAAAGUUUGGUUUCCUUUUGGUCAUUCGAUGGAGAUGCCACUGAUCUAUUCAACACCUACAAUGGUGUCUUGUACAAUAAGCCAACAUUCAAAACGGGUUAUGUUGGCCAAGCGAUUGCCUUCACUGGUGGAAAUCAAUAUGUUCAGACACCCUUCGUUAACUUGGCCUAUCAAAGUUUCACCAUUGAAGCAUGGGUGUAUUUGACCACACUGGCAAUGACUGAUAGUAGCAUAUUCGGCGAAUGCACAGCAAAGACCACUGGCAAAUGUCUUCAGUUGGUCAUUCGAAACAAACUGCUCUACAUGGACUUCUACGGUCACAACACAACGGGUCGAACAACGCUUCAGAUCAACACUUGGUAUCAUGUGGCAUUCGUCUACGAUGAAAAUCUGCAACAACAAUCAGUCUAUUUGAACGGGACUUUAGACGGUCAAUCGACACAAUCGAUUCCGCCCUAUCUUGGUACAUGUGCAAAUGUGACAAUCGGCACCAUACAGAACAGUGUAGCCAACAACUAUUUCAUCGGAUCCAUCGAUCAUCUGUCGAUCAAUAAUCGAGCCAAAUCUCAGAGUGAAGUCCUUUCGGAUGCGACACUCGUCGCCUACUAUUCGUUUGACAACGGAUCACUUCUUGAUUCUGGUCCCAAUCGUUUGAACGGUACAGCUGUCGGUGUACGCUCCGGUGCAACUGUACCUGGACGAGUCAAUCAAGCUCUAUUAUUUAAUUCAUCAGCAGCUUACUUUCAAGCUUUCGGAUUUACUUCACUUGGCAUCUCAAAUCAUGCCUUUUCAAUUUCCAUCUGGAUAAAACCCAUCGCAUCAACAAGUGGUGGUACAAUCCUCAUUGUCUCAAGUACGCCAUUAACAAAUUCGGGAUGGUGUUUACAAUUCUUAGCUAUGAGUGCAAACGGUAUAUUAACCUACAAUUCUAUUUCUUCAAGUUAUAUCGGACCCUCCUUGACACAAAAUGUUUGGUCUCAUAUUGCUCUUACGUACAGUCAAAUGAACGGAUUACAAUUGUAUCAAAACGGUGCAUUGUAUGCCAGUAAUCCUCUAUCAAGCUACAGUGCAAGUACUUUGGUGAAUUAUGUCACUCUUGGCAAUAGUCGUUCAUCAUCUGGAUGCAGUGGAGGAUUAACGGGACCAUUCAAAGGCUAUAUCGACGAAUUUAGAGUAUUCAGUCGGGAAUUGAGCCAAGCAGAUGUUUCUGCACUCGCUAAUCCAUAA